ACACACAUACAAUUGAAAAUCAAAAUACCACUGCCACUGCUACUAGGAUUUUGCCUCUCUUUGCCUUUUGGCUUUUUAUGUGCAUUUCUUUUCUUCCCACAAAACCCAACAACAGUGACAUCGACCACUUCUUAUAAAACACCUUGUUCCUUCACACAUAACACUCCUAACUCUCUCUCUCCAUUUUCCUUUCCUCUUUCAAAACGCAGAUAUUUAUAUAAUUAUCCAAAUUGGGAACCUGAGAGCAUGGACAACCAGCGUAGCCCUCUUAUAACUUGGGCUUACUACUUCCAGGGAAAGUCAAUGGAGGAGCUGAGACAGUCUGUGAUAUGCACAACGGUGGAGCUUGAACAGACCAGGGCUGCAGUGCAAGAAGAGCUCAGAAAGAGAGAUGAACAACUACUGAACCUAAAGGAACUGCUGAGCAAAACCAUGAGAGAGAGAGAUGAAGCGCAGGAGAAAUGCCGGAGACUGCUCUUGGAGAAGAUAGUUUUCCAACACCAACAACAAGCAGCUCCUGUGUCUGGGAUUUCUAGCAUUGAGGAUGAGCCGAGAAGAGGAAUUGACUCCAACAAUGGCCUCUCAUCAUCGGAUUGUGAAGAGAGCAUUGUUUCCUCUCCGGUCAUUGACCAUCAUCUCUCUCAACAACAACAACAUCAACAUCAACAUCAACCCCAGUUACAACCACAAUCCAUGAUUGAGCUAACACCAGACAAACCAUUACCAGAAAAGGGGAAGCUCUUGCAAGCAGUCAUGAAAGCCGGUCCUCUCCUUCAGACCCUUCUCCUUGCAGGACCUCUUCCCCAAUGGAGACACCCUCCCCCACCACUUGAGUCCUUUGAGAUUCCCCCUGUCACCAUACCCUCACCACCACCACCACAAUCACAAUCACAACCACACCUCCUCCACCAUGAUUCCUUUCUUAACAUUGACGGUAGCAGCACCACAGCCAACUGCGGAAGGGUUAGUCGGAAAAGGGUUUUCUGUGAUGGCUCUGAUUCUCCCACCGAGACCAAGUACCAGAGGCUUCUACUUCACUGACUUACUUCCCACAAGUCGGAU